AUGAAUUACGAUCCAUACUGGCGCAAUCCGAACAUUUUGUGGAAGAAAAGCUCCAUUCUAGCUGCCGAGCCUUUCACAGUUGCCGAAUACGACAAAUUUCACAAUGAAGCAACAGGAAGUGACCAUUUCCACACUGCUAUCGCCCCAGUGCUAACCAUGUCCCAACUGUUUGGGGUAUUUCCCCUGCAGAGUGUCCGGAAUCGCGCUCCCGAAAGUAUGACAUUCCGAACGGUCUCCGUGACCUGCGUCGUCAGCGCUAUUUCCAUCUUUGGCGGAUACGCCAUUUCACUGCUCAGUUUGAUUCGUCAAGGCCGAGCCUUAAACGCCAUCAAUAUCGCAGAGCCCUUCUUUUUCAGCAUCUGUGCCACGAGUUCGGUAAUAUUUUGGCAAAUGGCCAAACAGUGGCAAGCCAUCAUCGUUACGUGGUCCCGAACGGAGCGAAAAUUUCUGCACCAUCCGUUUCGCAAAACGGUCCUAAAGUGGAAAAUCCGAUCCGUGGCCACGGUGCUCCUUUUGUUGGCAUUCGCUGAACAUCUUCUUUCCGUGGCCAACAACGUUAGCAAUCUGCGGAGGGAGGUUGACUACUGCAACUGGACAAUUCGGGAUCCGGUCAAGUUCUUCUGCGUAAGGACGUUUAGCACCGCGUUCCAUACCGUUGCGUACAGUCUACCAGUUGCGGCGUACAACGAGUACAUCAUCAUAUCGAUGACGUUCGUGUGGAACUUUGUCGAUCUGUUCAUCAUGCUGGUCAGCAUCGGCAUUUCGGCCCGAUUCGAUCAACUCCGAGAUCGCGUCUUUGAGCGCAUGAACAGCCGGACUCCGACGACCGAACACUUUUGGGAGCAAAUUCGCAUCCUGUACGUAGCGUUGUGCGAACUGGCCGGGACCAUCAAUCGUGCCAUCAGCAAGCUGGUGUUUGUGUCGUACGCGAAUGAUACCUACUUCAUAUGUUUGCAAAUCAUGAACGCCAGCCAGGAACAACCGUCGGCGGUCAACAAGGUGUACUUUUGCUACUCGUUUGUGUACCUGCUGCUGCGGACGUUUCUCAUGUUCUGGUACAGCUCAGAAGUGCAGCACGCGAGUCACGCCACGUACCGGUUGAUUCUGCGGGUGCCCAACGAGGAGUACUGCGACGAGCUGCAACGGCUGCAGAUGUACUCCAAGUGCGGUGCUAGUCUCAACGGCAUGGGCGUAUUCUUCGUGUCGAGGCGGAUUCUGCUGACGUUGACCGGAACGAUUAUCACCUACGAGCUGGUAAUGCUGUCAUACCGGAAGGACUCAUCGGAGCAACAUUCCAGCAAACUGUCUUGCGAUCCGUGGUAGCUGGUCUAAAUCAGUGC